AUGGGAAACAAGGAUAAAUUCACCGGCUUAUUUCCUUCGUCGUACUAUUCAAUAGGUGUCGUCGCCUUGGAAGCCCCUUCAACUGGGCGCACUGGCUUUAAUCUACGUUGUGGCAUGACUCUACAUUUCGUAGAGAAAUUUGGUUUGAAGGAAUUCGUGAUAUGGUCUUACCGGAAACCGAGGGUGGAUUGUCGCGUAAGGAAGACUGUUGAAUUGUGGGAAGAAGUCCUCGGCUCAUCGUCCUGCGAGCCAGAUGAAACUAUGUUAAGCUCGGUUGCCCUCCAAAUGAUCUCGAGUUUAGUCUGUGCGAUGUGUUCCGCUAAUUCUGAUCUUUCGGUAUCCAUUUUCCUGCAGAGUUUUUGA